AUGCUGAAAGAAUCACUGGCAUUUUCGAAAAUCGUUCAGAUAUUCAUCAUCAUUUAUUUAGCGAGUUCACUACUAUAUGCAACCCUACAUUUACUUGGUUUUGGCUGGUUCCAGAACCUCUCCAUCGUAGCAACUACAGCAAAAGAUAAAUCAGCAUUAUUAGACAAUCCUUUGACAUCAAGAUCUGAACCAAUAACAGUCAGUCAAUUACAUAAAAGAUAUCAUUCAUCUCAAACAGUUAUCUGGUCUAAUGCUGAAGGCGGACAAACACAGACCAUUCCUGAAAAUUUGAUAGUAGGCAAAGUAUUUGCAGACGCCAUGGGUCCCUCGAAAGUGAUACCUUAUUACUUUCGAGCCAGUGAACAUUUCGAACAAGAAGAUAUCACCAUUGCCACUCUUGUAACUCAUAACCGUUUCCCGGUUCUUAGCAGGCUAGCCAGUCGUUAUAAAGGACCCAUUUCAGUAGCCAUUCACGUAAAUGACGACAGCACAAAAGGUACCAUUUUGAAAGAUUUACACAAUAUAUAUGAGGAGAAUCCAGAUGUCAGGAAAUACGUAGAUAUUCAUCUUGUCGUUGAUAAAUUCGAUCGACAAUUCAAUAUGUGGAGAAAUGUAGCGAAAUUCUUUACCCGUACCGACUAUUUGAUGAUGUUGGACGUAGACUUUCAUUUGUGUACGGAUUUUAGAGAAUCAUUGAAAAAGCAUGAGGACUUGAUGGAAAGGCUCCGUAGUGGAAGAGCAGCUGUAGUUGUGCCUGCUUUUGAAUAUAUUGCGGAGGAGGACGGCGAGGACUGGCGAUUGUUUCCAAAAGACAAAGAGGCACUGAUGAAUAUCGUCUUGACAGAAGAGAUCGAUAUGUUCCAUUUGAACUGGACGCGUGGCCAUGGGUCAACCGAUUAUAAAAAAUGGUAUCGUUCUUCUCAGCCGUACAAGGUCACUGAUUACAAUUAUUCGUAUGAACCCUACGUCAUUUAUAAGAAAGAAGGUACGCCUUGGUGUGAAGAAAGAUUUGUUGGCUACGGUGCAAAUAAAGCUGCUUGUUUGUAUGAAAUCUAUUUGGCCGGCAUCGAUUACUGGGUGCUUCCAGAUGAUUUUUUGAUCCAUCAAACACAUCAUUAUCCUGAAGAAACGAGAGCGAAAGAGCGCAAGUAUAACAAGAAGUUAUACGAAUACUUUAGAGAAGAAGUAUGUCUACGAUAUUCACGACUGAUGAUUUCAGCAGGUUUAUGGGAUACAGACAUUGCCGACAAUUUGAAAAAGGAAUGUGCAAAGAUCACAGGAUACAGAGAGGUCGUGUCAAAAAUCCAGCAGUAG